AGUUUUGACAAAAACAGCUGCAAACGAAAAAAGCCUCUCUCUCACGAAAAUGGUCCUCUCGAGAAACCUUCACCUCUCCAUUAUUUUCAUUGCAGUCCUCUUCACCUUCGCACAGGCAGCCAACUUUGAGAUCAGGAACAACUGCCCCUACACAGUCUGGGCCGCUGCAUCACCAGGUGGUGGGAGGCGGCUCAACCGCGGUGAAGUCUGGACCAUCAACGUGCCAGCCGGCACGAAAGGUGGCCGUGUCUGGGGCCGAACCAACUGCAACUUUGAUGGCAACGGCCGAGGAAGGUGCCAAACCGGUGACUGUAAUGGGCUUCUACAGUGUCAAGGCUACGGUGCAGCACCCAACACUCUAGCCGAAUACGGGCUAAACGGUUACAAUAACUUGGAUUUCUAUGACAUUUCACUGGUUGAUGGGUUUAACAUCCCCAUGGAUUUCAGUCCAACCAACGGUGGCUGUCAUGAUAUUAGAUGCACGGCUGAUAUCAAUGGCCAAUGUCCGGCGGCGUUGAGGGCUCCGGGAGGUUGUAACAACCCUUGUACGGUGUACAAGACGGAUCGAUACUGUUGCAACUCAGGGAACUGCGGACCAACCGAUUACUCCAGGUUCUUCAAGGAUAGGUGCAGAGAUGCCUACAGUUACCCCAAGGACGAUGCCACAAGCACGUUUACCUGCAGUGGUAAUAGCAAUUACAGGGUCGUGUUUUGCCCAUAAUGAGGCUUUACUUCUCUUGUUUAUGUGUGAAAAGAUCUUUUGAGUUGCAGGUCUCAAAAGAUAUAUAUUUAUUAACUAAAUAAAUAAAACUGCCUUCAGCUUUCCUAAUC